CACAUAGGUGUCCCAUAGGUGUCGCCCUAACCUCAAAAAACGAAAAAAAAAAUUCCUUUCGUGUUGAAGAUAGACUUGAAUAUAUGUGAACUGAAGUUCAGUCGUUGCUCAGUGGCCGGUUGAUGAUCAUUGAAGAUGAUCGGAGGAUUAUUCCUACUCUGCACAUCGUUACUGAUAAGUAAUUGUCAUGGUGCUGCUUCGGACAUCGAGCUGGACGCCAAAGCACAAGCCCUCCAUCGUCUCGACAGUUUGAAUCUUCUUCUCUACACAUUUCUCCUCAUCCUGACAGUGUUGACAAUCUGGACAUUCAAGCAUCGUCGCCUGCGGUUCCUCCAUGAAACGGGACUGGCUGUCAUCUACGGCCUCAUUAUCGGCGCAAUAAUUCGUUAUUGCUUCAAAACAAGUCCCAUCACUCACAUGCGCGUCGAGCCAGAAGUUGACAACAGAUACAACCAAUCAGUGCCACCUGAUUCUCUGUGGUUACGCUUUCCGGAAGAUAAAGGCGGUGGUACGAUUAAAAAUAAAACAUUUGCGUACUCCUUCAGGGGCGAGAUAUUUAAACAAGACAGCGAGAUAGAUCUGAAGGCAACAUUCGAUCCAGAAAUUUUCUUCAAUAUUAUUCUACCACCAAUCAUAUUUCACGCAGGAUACAGCUUAAAGAGAAAAUAUUUCUUCCGUAAUUUAGGUGCCAUUUUGAUGUACGCCCUUCUGGGCACGACAAUAUCAUCAUUUGUUAUCGGGACACUGAUGUACACGUUUAUUCAACUAAUACCACACCUGUCCCAGUCAUUUGGAUUUCUGGACACUCUUUACUUCGGGGCACUGAUAUCACCGACGGAUCCACUGACUAUUAUUUCGAUAUUCAACGAUCUUCAUGUGGAUGUCAAUCUAUACGCACUUGUCUUUGGAGAGAGUGUGCUUAAUGAUGCUGUGGCUAUCGUUCUCAGCGGAUCUAUCCAGAACUAUGGGACGAGAUAUCAGACGGGCUCUGGAGGCUUUGAGACGGUGGCUUUCUUCCAGGCACUGGGGGACUUCAUCGGUAUAUUCAGUCUUUCAUUAUUUAUUGGAGCCUCAAUGGGCUGUUUAACCGCUCUUCUGACUAAAUUCACGAGAGUCAGGGACUUUCCACUCCUCGAGUCCGCCUUAUUCGUUCUCAUGUCGUACAGCACCUUUUUGAUUGCUGAGUCGUCGGAUUUAACAGGUGUUGUCGCUGUAUUAUUCUGCGGAAUAUGUCAGGCCCAUUACACCUACAACAAUCUCAGUCCUGACUCUCGACAGCGAACAAAACAGCUGUUCGAAUUGCUGAAUUUUCUCGCCGAGAAUUUCAUCUUCAGUUACAUCGGGGUCUCGAUGUUUACAUUUCCAAAACAUCGGUUCGAUCCUGGAUUCAUAUUAUCGGGAUUUGUGUGCGCUCUUAUAGGACGUGCUGCCAAUGUCUAUCCCCUGUCGUUUCUUCUGAAUUUAGCGAGAAAACCGAAAAUACCGAUGAACCAUCAGCACAUGCUGUUCUUCGCUGGAUUGAGGGGUGCCAUGAGUUUUGCACUUGCCAUUAGAAAUACGGUGUCUGAUGCCAGGAAGGCCAUGCUCACCACGACGAGCCUGAUUGUUAUAUUGACGGUUAUAUUUCAGGGUGGGGCAACCACCCAAUUUCUCAGUUGGUUUAAGAUACCGGUUGGAGUAGAUGAGGAGGUGGAAGGGCUCUCCCAUGGCAGCGUUCGAAACGUGUACAGUUCAGUGGACACUAGUGGGUCCGGUGGCGAAGGUGGCUUCGGAACUCUGGAGAUGCGCCGCGAGCGAAGUCCCCCGUACAAUUCGAUGCACGAUGGCUCACUGCAGGGUGGAGGCAGUACCGCUGGUAAACCCAAUGAGAAGGCAUUACUUGCACGAAUAUGGGGUGAUUUUGAUACAAAAUAUAUGAAGCCACUUCUCACCCAUUCACGACCAACUUUAUUGGAGACUCUGCCAGUUUGUUGUACACCUCUUGCGAGGCUUUUAACGACAGCUCAACAAUUGUCCCAGGACAAUCCAGCGAGAAAAGCAGACUCAGACUCUGAUCUGUGCCUCGAAGCACAGGACGUCGAGUGGAAUACGAGUAUAGAGCCGUCACCUGCCGAGCAAAUGGGCCACAUUCACAUGAUCACUUGAUGCCCAGGGGUAUUGUAACCUCCAAAUUAAUUAUGAACAAUGAGAGUCGUGAGCCCCGUUUUCUCUAGAACAAAAUGGUGAUUUUUUUCAUACGGAAUUCAAUGAACAAUAAUGAUAUUCGUGGCCUUAGAAUCAUCGACUUCAUCGGAAUAUUUAAUGGAUUGGGUUCUUAGACAAUUUGUUACUUUCAUUUUACUGUGAGUGUUUAGUUAAUUUAACUCGAAGAGCCUAGAGCAGAUGCACCAGUUGUUUUUUGGAGAUUAGAGUUCAGAAGGGCAGGAAAAAAUGCUAGAGAAGCUCUAGUAUUUUUUCGAAGGGAUUCCCUUCGUAAGCUCACCCAAGAUAUCCUAAAUAAUCUCAAGAACAUAACCUAAAAUUUUUUUAAACAAUUUCUUGCGAAUUUUGUAGACUUGCAACACAAAAUCAAGAAAAUUUUUUAAUGCAUUAAACAACUCGUGGAUUUACUCUAAUUGAUGAUUAGGUUACACCUCGGGAUCAGUAUUAAAGUCCAGAAUAGAAAUGUGUUCAAAAGUAUUUUACGUCUAGUGGUUCGAGUUCAGCCCUUGAAUCUGGUAAAACUGGAUGAACAAAGUCUGAAUUCCCUUUGUUCAUCUUGUUCCACUACCUCAGCAGUGAAGUAAAAAAAAUAUUGCAAUUGUGCGAGUGAGAUGAGUAGAAAAAAUCUUGCCACAGGGAUGAGUGAAUCCUAAACACUACUAUUGAUAAUCAAACACGUGAAAUCAUUGAAACGUGGUGCCAACAACUACUAUCAGCAGAAAUGUAGAUGUCCCAUUAAUGUCACAAGUUCAUCAAGAUGUUUAUCAUUGCGUUGAUGCUUAACUUAGAUUGUGGCUGUGAUUGCCUGUUUGAUGAGUCCGAUUAACAAUCAGAGGUUGUUACAGAACGCAAAAAUGAAGAUUAAUUGAUUCAUUUCUUUCGUGCACUGUCGAUUUUCAAGGACAAUGAUCUCCAUUGUCAAAUUUUCGUGAAAUUUUGCUGUAGAAUAUGGAAAUUUGAUGAGACACAUUAAAUGGUUUUUAAUGGAUAUAUCUUGCAUUCCAUUCUUCUACAAACGACUAAUUUCAUGCAGCAGCUGUCGUGAUUGAUUUCGUUAGACAGAAGGAUAGAUUAAUAUAUGAAGUUCAAAUCGUUUUUACCAUAAUCGUAAUUGAAGUGAGACCUCAUGUAUUACAAAAGCCAAUGUUUAAUAAACUUAAUUUAUAAAAAUAAAA